AAUAUGCUUAUCUUUACAAGCGUUACGUUGAGAUAUCAGCGCUUAAAAAUAUUUUGUUGUCCUAUCGUAAAUGUCAGAGGUCUUUCAAACAAGACUAGUACCAGUUUCGCGGCGAAAUCAGUGGUUUAUAUUACUGUAACUUCAAUAGUUAUUGAAUGAGUUGUUUGCGUAUCUUUAAUAUUUAAAAUGGCAGAUUAUUUUAAAGGAAAAAGAGUGCUCGUAACGGGAGCUGGACAAGGGAUCGGUCGCGCCAUAGCCAUAGACUUGUGGCGGGCCGGCGCAAUAGUUGUGGCUCUAUCCAGAACAAGAUCUCAUCUCGAGAGCCUACAGAACGAGUACCCAUCUAUAACCAUAGUCGAUGUAGACGUGGCUGACUGGGAGAAAACUAGAACUGUAGUAGAAUCCCUUGGGCACUUUGACGCUCUGGUUAACAAUGCAGCUGUAGCAAUAUGUCAACCGUUUCUGGAGUGUACGCCGGAUGCUUACGAUCUGAUGUCAAAUGUGAACGUUAAAUCGAUUAUUAAUAUCAGUCAAGUCGUUGCUAAGAAGAUGAUAGAGAAUAAUACAAAAGGAGCUAUUGUCAACAUUUCUUCCCAGGCUUCGAAGGCUGCAUUAAAAGAUCACACCAUAUACUCAGCGUCAAAAGCUGGUUUGGAUGCAAUUACUCGGGCCAUGGCGUUGGAGUUAGGGCCGUAUGGGAUUAGAACGAAUGCGGUUAAUCCUACAGUGACCAUGACUGCGAUGGCGCAAGUUGGGUGGUCGGAUCCUGAAAAAGCGGACGCAAUGCUUUCGAAGAUACCUCUUGGAAGAUUUGCACAAGUAUCUGAGGUGUCAGAUGUAGUACUGUACCUCCUCAGUGACAAAGCAAGCAUGAUAAACGGCGUAGAAUUGCCCAUCGAUGGAGGUUUUUUAGCAACAUAAACAGCUAAUAUUAAAACACGUAUA